CAGCAAAGCAAGAGCCCAGAUAAGGCUCCCAGCUGGGGCCGGUGGUUUGGAACAGAAAUGGUCAUAACUGCUAGGAGAGGACAAGAGGACGCGGAAGGGGAGCGCUAGGAGGUGGGCGCCAUGGGCGAGGAGAAUGUGGAGCUGGGGAUGUCGGGGCGCAGGAUUCGGGCCUGGAUCCGAGGGAGAUCGCUCCGCCUCGCCGCUCAGAGGCAGGGGAAAGAUAAUGCCAUGGACCUGGCAGCGCUGCGGAACGACCUGCCCACCACCUUGGACAACCUGUACCAGGACCACCUGGAGCAGGACCGCGCCCGGAGCCUGCCCAAUGGCCAUGCCUUCCCCACGGGCGAGCGGGACAAGGCCGGGCUGCUGGCCGGCGGCGAUGUCAAGCGCUCACAGCCACUGGUCAUCCAAGCCAACAGGAAGUUGAAGGAGGAGGAGCCGCGAGCCUCGUCGCUGCCGUCCAUCCCCAACCCCUUCCCCGAGCUCUGCAGCCCCUCCAAGUCGCCCAUCCUCAGCAGCCCCUCGGCAGGGCAAGGCCCCCAGUGUGAAAGCGGCCCCCACGUGGUAAAGGUCUUCAGCGAAGAUGGCACCUGCCGCUCGCUGGAGGUCACGGCAGGCGCCACGGCCCGCCAUGUCUGCGAGAUGCUGGUGCAAAAGACUCACGCCCUCCACGACGACAGCUGGUCCCUGGUGGAGCUCCAUCAGCACUUGGCUCUAGAGCGGUGCCUGGAAGACCAUGAGUCGGUGGUGGAAGUCCAGGCCACCUGGCCCAUUGGGGGAGACAGCAGAUUUGUCUUCCGGAAGAACUUUGCCAAGUAUGAGCUGUUUAAAAGCUCACCGCAGUCCCUGUUCCCCGAGGUGAUGGUCUCCAGCUGCUUGGAUGCCAACAAGGGCAUGUCCCACUCGGAGCUCAUCCAGAACUUCCUCAAUUCCGGCAGCUGCCCAGAGAUCCAGGGCUUCCUGCACCUGAAGGAGGUUGGGCGCAAGGUCUGGAAGAGGUUUUACUUCUCCCUCCGGCGCUCAGGGCUUUACUACUCCACAAAGGGCACAUCUAAGGACCCACGGCAUCUACAGUAUUUCGCUGACCUCAACGAGUCCAAUGUCUACUUCAUCACGCAAGGGAAAAAGCACUACGGCACGCCCACCGAGUUCAGCUUCUGCAUCAAGCCCUACAAGGUGCGCAGCGGCAUGAAAGGCCUCAAGCUCUUCUGCAGCGAGGACGAACAGAGCCGCACCUGCUGGAUGGCCGCCUUCCGCCUCUUUAAGUAUGGCGUGCAGCUCUACAGGAACUACCAGCAGUCCCAGUCCAGACGCAGCCACCAGUCUUGGAUCAGCACCACGCCCCUGAGGAGCAUGUCUGACAAUACCUUGGUGGCCAUGGAUUUCUCGGGGUGCACAGGCCGGGUGAUUGAGAACCCCAACGAGGCGCUGACGGUGGCCCUGGAAGAGGCUCAGUCGUGGAGGAAGAAGACGAGUCACCGCUAUAGCCUGCCAACUCUCUGCCAGGGCUCCCCGCUCAGCACAGCCAUCCAUCGAACGCAGCCGUGGUUUCACGGGCGGAUCUCAAGGGAAGACACACAGCGAUUGAUAAUCCAGCAGGGAUUAGUGGAUGGGGUGUUUUUGUUGCGGGAAAGCCAGCGGAACCCCAAGGGGUACGUCUUGUCCUUGUGCCACCUACAGAAAGUCAAGCACUAUCUCAUCCUGCCAAGCGAGGAAGAGGGGCAGCUUUACUUCACCAUGGACGAUGGCCAGACGCGCUUUGCCGAUCUCAUCCAGCUGGUGGAGUUUCACCAAAUCAACCGGGGCAUCCUGCCCUGCAAACUCAGACAUUACUGCACCUGCAUUGCCUUGUGACAGGCCCCCGGUGGGUGGCAGGGCUCUGCGACGGGCCACGGCCAACGCACGGCGAGCAGGAUGAGGAUCAACUCAAACUUCCGCCCCUCGCCCCACUUCGGCCAGGGCAGCGGCGGCCACGGAGGAUGGACUUGGCUCGUGCUCCAUCCUCUGUUGCAGUGUCAGUCACCACUCAGCCCCGUCAAGUGAGCACCGGCGAGGUGAGAGGCCAGGAUGGCACCCCUGGCGCCCAAGGAGCCAGAAGGACCGAAAAUCACCGUUCCAAGUCCUCGCCCCUGUGCUUCCACCAGCUCAUGGCCUCGUCUCACUGCUGCCCCUCCCCCUGUACCCCUGCUCCCGUCUCUUUCCGCCCCCAUAUACUUCUGCUCUGAUCUCUCUCUGCCCCUCCCUGUAUCCCUCCUCUCCCAUCUCUUUCUGCACCGUAUCCCUCUGCCCCCAGAUCUUUCCUCUCCGAUCUUUCUCUGCCCCUCCUCCCCUGUGUCUCUCCACUCCCAUCUCUCUCUGCCCCAUAUCCCUCUGUCCCGUAACCCUCCAUGCCUGUAUUCCCCUUCCCACCUGUAUCCCUGCGCCCUCAGCUCUGCCCCAAUAUGCUCUAUAUGUUUUGAUCCUAAAGUGUCUCCUCCCUCCCCACCAGCUACUCAGUGUUAAUGGUCGUAUUCUCUGUGCCCUUGGGAAGCCAAGCUGGGAGCUUGGGGAUGGUCCCGUUUGGUAUGUCCCAGCACUCUCCCUGCACAGACCCCUGGAUGCUCCGUUCUGCGCCCUCCUCCCUGGGCCCCUGCAGCCUCUUGGCUGGGUUUCGGAGCUCCUCAUCCUUUGGGAAAAUCUACCCACUCAUGCACUUUCUCCCCUGGAUUCCGACCUCUCUGGCCAGUGACCGCUAGGAGCCGAGCCAAGGGGGUGGUUACGUUGCCUUUCUCUUCAGGUUUCCACUUCUUUCCGUCAGACCAGUGCCAGAGUGGCUCCUUCUAACCUAGACCACUGGCCUCCCUGGGGGUCGGAGUCUGGACCCUUCUGUGCACGGACUGAGGCCCACCUUUCUGCUCCCCGCAGCAGCAACCUGCCUGAGGGCAGUCACCAUUCCCUCGCCAUGGAGAACUGUAUGUCAGUGGCAGCGGACCCUGAUAGGUGCAGAUCCCACACCCGUGCCCCCUGUGUGGGAGUGGCCACGUCUCCCUUUCUGAGCUGGCGGGUGAAGCCGGCAGGCCCAGUCACAGCAAGAAACAGCACCCAGCUGUUUCUGUGCCAGCUGGGGUUAGCAACGGGUUA